CGCCCUGGCUUUUGUGUGAGCGGACGUAUGUGUGCAGCACUGUCCAGGAAAGAAAGAAUGUGUGUGUGAGACGGAGAAAGAGAGACACAGACUGCAAAGAGACAGACAGACAGACAAAAAGGAGGACACAAGGAGAAGUGGACGAAGAUUGCAGACGUAUGCGCGAGCGGAGAAUGGAAGACAGUAUGACAGGAUUAGCUCCAGUGUGCAACUCUACAGCCACGCUGAACCACCACUGCACCGAUGACAGUAUUUCUGCGGCGAGCACAUCAGACGUGCAGGACCGCCUGUCGUCUCUGGAGCUGCGGGUGCAGCAGCAGGAAGAUGAGCUGACGGUGAUGAAGGCCGCGCUGGCAGACGUGCUCAGACGUCUGGCUCAGUCGGAGGACUCCGCCGCCGCUGCCAAAAAACAGCAAAGCAGCAAAGGUCAGACCCCGCUGCGAGAGGCUUAUUCAAUGUCCUGUAUUGCCAAUGGCAGUUCCAGCGGCCGCAAAUCUCACAGAGAUAGUUCCACAGUGUCCGUAUCCAAGAAAGAGACACUCUCCUCCGCCGCCAAGAGUGGUGUCGAGCGGAAAAAAGACAAGCCUCCGAUGGAGGGGAUCAAGGAGAAAGAGGAGCCACCACAGGCUAACGAUAAAACCCCCUCAGCGCCCAGCACCCCUCAGGCACCGUCCCCUUCCAGCAACCCCCCGUCCCCUCAUCCCCAACAGCCCCAAAGACAGCUUUCGGAGAACAAAGGGUCAACCCCGGCCAAAAGCAGGGGUAGCAGUGCGAAGCGUGGAGGAAUGGAGCGUUCUCAGAGUAGCACGUGGGACAGCGGAGAGGAGAGCAGGAAUAAGCUGGUGAAAGCAGCCUCCACCUCCAAACUGCUGUCCAAAGUGGUGAAGAAUGCAGAGAAACACAGAGAUCCAGUCAUCAGCCAAGCUAAAAUGUCAACCCGUGAAAAAAACAGUCAAGGAAUCAAGAAGGGAGAAUAUAUUAAAAUGUUCAUGCGAGGACGACCCAUCACGAUGUUCAUCCCAUCGGACGUGGAGAAUUACGACGAUGUCCGGACCGAACUUCCCCCAGAGAGACUCAAACUGGAGUGGGUAUAUGGCUACAGGGGACGUGACUGCCGUGCAAAUGUGUACUUGCUACCUACCGGGGAGAUCGUAUAUUUCAUCGCCUCGGUGGUUGUGCUCUUCAACUAUGAGGAGAGGACACAGCGGCACUAUUUAGGACACACUGACUGUGUCAAAUGUCUUGCUGUUCACCCGGAUAAGAUCCGUAUCGCCACAGGACAGAUCGCAGGCGUGGAUAAGGAUGGCAGGCCGCUUCAGCCUCACGUCAGAGUUUGGGACUCCGUCAGUCUGUCCACGCUGCAGAUCAUCGGCCUCGGCACCUUUGAGAGAGGAGUUGGAUCCCUCGCUUUCUCUAAAGCCGACUCAGGCAUUCAUCUCAGUGUGAUUGAUGACUCUAAUGAGCACAUGCUCACUGUGUGGGACUGGCAGAAGAAAUCAAAAAUCGCUGAGAUUAAGACAACCAAUGAAGUGGUCUUAGCGGUGGAGUUUCACCCGACUGACGCCAACACCAUUGUCACAUGUGGGAAAUCCCAUAUCUUCUUCUGGACCUGGAGCGGUUCCUCACUCACCCGCAAACAAGGCAUCUUUGGCAAAUAUGAGAAGCCAAAAUUUGUGCAGUGUUUGGCUUUUCUCAAUAAUGGAGACAUCCUGACCGGAGACUCAGGAGGAAUCAUGCUGAUAUGGACCCGCAGCACCGCUGAGGUCCCAGAUCAGUAUGGCACUAUUCGUGCAGUAGCUGAGGGCAAGGGCGAGCAGUUUCUGGUGGGCACUUCACGCAACUUCAUUCUGAGAGGCACCUUCAACGAUGGAUUUCAGGUGGAAGUGCAGGGACACACGGAUGAGCUGUGGGGUCUGGCCGCCCACCCGUUCAAGGAGCUGUUCCUCACCUGUGCUCAGGACAGACAGGUGUGUCUGUGGAACUCAGUGGACCACACGCUGGAAUGGACCAGACUGCUGGACGAGCACGGGCACUGCGCAUAUUUCCAUCCUAGCGGUUCGGUUGUUGCCAUUGGUACUCACUCAGGGAAGUGGUAUGCUCUGGACGCAGAGACGCGAGACCUGGUGGCCAUUCACACAGACGGCAAUGAGCAGCUGUCAUUGAUGCGCUACUCUGUCGAUGGCACGCUGCUGGCAGUGGGAUCACAUGAUAACUUCAUUUACCUCUACACGGUGUCGGAUAAGGGACGCAAGUACAGCAGAUAUGGGAAAUGCACUGGACAUUCCAGCUACAUUACACAUCUUGACUGGUCUCCCGACAACAAGUUCAUCAUGUCCAACUCAGGAGACUACGAAAUCCUUUACUGGGACAUUCCAAACGGUUGUAAGUUGAUUCGUAACCGUUCUGAGUGCAAGGACAUCGACUGGGCCACAUAUACCUGCGUGCUAGGAUACCACGUCUUUGGUGUUUGGCCGGAGGGCUCAGAUGGGACAGAUAUCAAUGCACUUGUGCGAUCUCACAACAGGAAGGUGAUCGCUCUGGCUGAUGACUUCUGUAAAGUUCACCUGUUCCAAUACCCCUGCUCAAGACCGAAGGCCCCAAGCCACAAGUACAGCGCCCACAGCAGUCACGUGACAAAUGUGAGCUUCAUGCAGAGCGACAGUCACCUGAUUUCAACGGGCGGCAAGGACAUGAGCAUCAUGCAGUGGCGUCUGGUGGAGAAGACCUCAUCCUUGGUGCACAGCGACUCCAGCUUGGGCCUGGGUGUUUCCCUGAUGCACAACUCCACCCCUCGCACCAUGCCGUCGGUACCCAGCGUUCCCCACACUCCUACUGAGCCCUUGCCGGUCCCAGCCUCGCUUCCCCUCAGCACCCAACCCGACACCAACACUCCCCCUCCCACUCCCCCCGAACCCCUGCACACAGUUACUUCUAAUGGACAGCAGGACGGCUCCCCUGAAACCCCGCCCCCUUCCGAUGAGGCCACGUCCCCAUCUGACAGCACCCUGAGCCCCAAGGACAGCCUAGAGCCUAGCGACGAUACGGCCACACCCAGUGAUGAGGGCACAAUCUUUAACCCUCCCUUAUAAGGCAGUCCGACCCCUUCCCUCGCCUGCUCGAUAGCCCGCCCAAAGGCACCAGCAUGUCACUGCAGCCUUCCUGUCAGAUUACAAAAGCAGGGUCUCCUCAGUUUUUAUCCUUUCAAGAUUUUCUUUUCGUUUCGUAUCUUAGUUUGUUAUGUUGACAUUCAGUAGAUGUGGUUGUGGAGGCAUUGGUUUGGGUUGGAUGGUGAGAGAUUUGGAAUGUGUAAUUAAAAACCUUUGGAAAGAUUUAGAACACCUACAAGUUUACAUUGAGACACACACAAACACUAAUACACACAUGCAUAGACACAUCAGUAACUGUGAUACAUUUUAAAAAGAGGAAAACAAACGAUUUACCAGUUUUAGAUACAAACAACAUGUUCAUAUAAACAGACAAACGGACAAAUACAACAUAAAAUGGACACAUGCUUUCAAUUAACUGUCAUUUGGCAUAUACAUCAAUAUAUUAAUUGAUUAAGGAUCAGCAACUAAGGGUGAAUUGAGUUGAAUUACUGAAACUUUUCCUCACUUUCCUCACCCAAAAAAA